AUGCGUCCCGAAGAAGCCAGCAACGGCAAGCCUACCGAGGCCUCUCCUUUACUUCCCAAAUCCUCGUUUCCAAGUCCACGAGCAGAUGGUGGACCCUCUAAUGGCACUUUCGAUCACCCGGAAUCCGCUGAAGCAGAUGGAGGUACUCUCGAAAGGCAGACGACCACGACCAGUCUCAAUCGCCUUAAGCAGUACGAAGGACUUCCCGAAGUCAAGAAACAACUUCCCAUCAUCUUUCCAGCCGUAGCGACUGGAGUCUUCUUGUCGGCAGCGGACCAAACGAUCAUUGUCUCAUCUUAUGGAAAGAUCGGCAGCGAGCUAAAUGCCCUCAGUCUCACACCAUGGAUUGCUACGGCAUACUUCUUGACCCUCACUUCCUUCCAGCCAUUGUACGGCAAGCUAUCUGACAUCUUUGGACGCAAAGCAUGCCUUCUCUUCGGCUACACCAUUUUUGGCCUGGGCUGCCUGGGAUGCGGACUGGCAAGAGACAUCAAAGAGCUGAUUGCAGCAAGGGCGUUCGCAGGCAUCGGAGGAGGAGCCAUGACCACGGUUGUGAGCAUCCUCCUGAGCGAUAUAUGCACUCUGAGGGAACGAGGCCAAUUCCAAGGCUAUGUGAAUAUAAUAUUUGCUGCGGGAGCGAGUGCUGGCGCGCCUUUGGGAGGUCUUGCAGCCGACUACAUUGGUUGGAGAUGGUACGUACGAAGAGCCAAUUCUUGAAGCGUACAAGACCCUGACAGCAUUGUCGUUGACUUCUGUGAUUCGCGAUGGCACAUCAGAUGCUGAUGGUACCCAGGGCUUUCCUCAUUCAAACACCGAUGUGUGCCGUUGCAUUUAUCGCAGUAUCCUUUGCACUGCACUUACCCUCCCGCGACAGCACAGACUGGACGAAGAAGCUGCGCAGAAUUGAUUUUCCUGGCGCUAUCGUUCUCAUCAGCGCAGUCUUCACCUUACUCUUGGCUCUGGACCGUGGCAGCAAUGUGAGCUGGACAGUUCCCGUCACGUACAUUCCUCUGGCCAUAUCGAUACCUCUAUUCGUUGUUUUCGUUCUUGUGGAAAUGAAGGUUGCCGUGGAACCAUUCGCGCCCGGGCACAUCAUUUUCAACGGUAGCAUGGUGGCUUGUUACUUGUGCAAUUUCUUCUCAAUGGGAGGAUGGCUUGCCGCGGUCUUCUAUGCACCGCUUUUCUUCCAAGCAGUAGAUCACCUCUCCGCAACCGGUGCUGGCCUGCGACUCAUUCCCAGCGUUAUCACAGGCGUACUGGGAAGCCUUUUCGCCGGGUUCUACAUGCGACGCACCGGCAAGUACUAUAUACUCACCAUCGUAGCCUACAGUCUUCUGACUUGCGGGCUGAUCGUUGUCUUCCUCUGCUCCGGGGUGGCGACUAGGAGCUCUAUUGGGAUCAUUAUUGGGAUGUGUAUCUGUGGGCUUGGCAACGGCAAUGGUAUCACCACCACUCUCAUUGGCGUUAUUGCCAACGCUUCCCACGAGGACCAAGCCGUUGCCACCGCUUGUACAUAUCUCUUCCGCUCACUCGGAAGCGUCUUUGGGGUCUCGCUUUCAGCGACGUUUGCCAAUCAGUCCUUAAGGAAAAAGCUUGCGUCGGAGCUGCCUCGACUUGGUCUGCCGGAGAAAGAAGCGCUGGAUAUUGCAAGCAAAGUGCGGCAGAGCUUGGAGUACCUCGAGCUUUUGGAUCCCAAGGUCAGAGCUGUAGUAGAGGAUUGCUUUGCGAGUAGUACCACUGCCGCAUUUGGGCUGCAGAUUGCACUUGUAUCGGGAGCAGCCAUAAGCGCGUGGUUCAUUGCCGAGAAGGCGCUGAGCAAAUAG